AUUGUGGCACUGAAAUUUAUUCCUAAAGUGGGCAGAUCAGACAAAGAGCUGAGAGGACUGAAGAGAGAGAUCCAGAUUAUGAAAGAUUUAUGUCAUCCCAACAUUGUGCGCAUGCUGGACAGCUGUGAGACAGAGCGAGAGGUGGUUGUUGUGACUGAGUAUGCAGAGGGAGAAUUGUCCCAGAUCCUGGAAGAUGAUGGCAAUCUGUCUGAGGAUCUGGUGAGGGAUGUCUCUGCACAGUUGGUGUCAGCCCUCUAUUACCUCCAUUCUCACCGCAUCCUUCACCGAGACAUGAAACCUCAGAACAUUUUACUGGGAAAAGACGGAACGGUCAAGCUUUGCGAUUUUGGGUUUGCCCGGGAGCUGAGUCUGGACACACUCAUGGUGCGCUCUAUUAAAGGGACCCCCCUGUACAUGUCACCAGAGCUGGUCCUGGAACGUCCGUACGAUCAUCGCUCCGACCUCUGGGCUUUGGGUUGUAUUGUCUAUGAGUUGUUGGUGGGGACCCCCCCCUUCUAUACUCACAACAUCUUCCAGCUGGUCAGCAUCAUUACCCAGCAGCCAGUGCGAUGGCCCAAGGAGGUAUCAGCUGAACUCAAGGAUUUCCUCCAAGGUCUCCUAACUAAGGAGCCGACUCUUCGCCUUUCCUGGCCGGACCUCCUGAGACAUCCCUUCAUCAAAGACCAAGUCAUGG